GGCGAAUCCCCACAUACCCACAAUAAAGCUCCAAGAAUCAUCACUUUAUCUGACAUUCUAGGACAUUUGCGGAUAUUGAGCCAAAACUUGCGGAUGAGAAAGAUCUACCAUUCAUUUUUCGGUCUUCGUCAAGCCUACUGUGAAGGUUGACUUGGCUGUGAUAAAAUAUAUUCAAGUCUCCAAAUGGAGGUGUGAGUAUUCCAAAAUCUCCUUUUAGAGAUCCAAACAUGGAGUCCGAGCUCUAUGAAGCGGCCAUGAAAGGAGAUGUGCCAUCUCUGCUUGAGUUGCUCACAAAAGAUAGGCUGCUUCUCGACAGAAUCAUGGCUGGGAAUCACACCGACACUCCUCUGCACGUCGCAGCCAUGCUCGGGCACUUGGAAUUCUUGGAAGAGGUCCUAGCUCGGAAGACUGAGCUGGCAAGAGUGCAAGAUUCUCAGGGAUUGACGCCUCUUCAUCUUGCAGCAGCAAAAGGGUACCUCAACAUAGUGGCAAGCUUGCUAAGAGUUAGCCCUGAAUUAUGUUUUGUCCGUGACAAAUAUGAAAGAAACCCUCUUCAUGUCGCGGCCAUGAAAGGCCAUGUGGAUGUGUUGGAAUGCUUGGUUCGAGCAAGACCUGAUGCAGCCCAUAGUGUCGUUGAACAUGGCCAGACAAUCCUGCAUUUAUGCGUGAAGCAUAACAGACAAGAAGCUUUGAAGCUUUUGAUAGAUAAAUUGGGCAAUGAUCAUCAGUUCAUCAACUCGUGCGACGAAUAUGGCAACACAAUUUUGCAUUUGGCUGCUGCAGAUAGACAAGCUAAGACUAUACUCUUCCUGACUAAUAAAGGAGUUAACCCGAACAUCACGAACUCCAAAGGUUUCACGGCACUCGCCCUUUUAACACAAGGCUGCAGCAUGGAAAGAGCCUCAGAGAUCACGGAUUCUGCUCCUCAAAUUUUAGAGAAUCACGACCCAUCCAGACGAACAGUCCAUGCGAGUAACAUGGUCACUGCCUUCCGCCCACCUGUAGCUGAAGAAAACAAAAAGGAAAGAAAGAGAAAUGAAGAAAAAAAAAAGGAAAGAAAGAGAAAGUGGCAAAACAGUAUGCAUAAGACGCUAAUGGUGGUGGCGAUAUUGCUAGCUACCAUGGCAUUCCAAGCCGGUAUGACUCCACCCGGCGGCAUUUGGGACAAUGAUUUCGAGGGCAAUGCAAAUCAUACAGCGCAUUUUGCGGGUGACUCCGUGAUGGCUCAAAGGUACCCGGGGCGGUACAAAGUUUUCAUAGCAUUUAACACAAUAAGCUUCAUCGCAUCACUUAGCAUCAUUAUGCUUCUCAUAAGUGGUCUUCCUUUAAAGCGGCAUCGGAUCUUCACGGGGAUUGCGAUGCUGAUUAUGUGGGUUGCGAUUACCUUCACGGCGGCGACUUAUGCCAUCUCCAUAUUAGUAUUCACACCCGACAACGGAAGGAAUACUGCAUACGAAAUAGUUGGGUUUGCAGUGCUGGCAUGGGUUGUAUUGAUGGCCCUUCUUUUCCUAUGCCACCUUUUACGCUUAAUCCUGAAAUUGUUGCGCAAAGUCCUGAGAUGCGUCCUCAAACCCUUCAGAAAGCGGAAGCCGCAGGCUCCCAUACCUUAGCGCCUGCAUUUAGCUACAAGUAUGCUUGUCCCAGAAGAAGUCCAAUGAGCCCUAAGGUCAUGCAAGAUUGGAUGCUAAACAUAGUAUUUGCUAUGCAGUGGGCCGACCAGACAAAUCAUCUGCACCUGGAUGAAAUAAAAAUCGGAUUCAUGUAACAGUAGUACCGAUAAAUGUCCUAAGUGUGUUGAAUCCAUGUAAAAGAUUGGGUCUACAUGUAUAAAGGAUGGAUGUUUUACUUGAUUUGAUUUGUCGCGGUCCGGUUACCACUAAGGGAAAUACCAUGGCAGUAGGAUGUGCUGAAUUGGUCCGUACAGAACAUGACAUUGGAUGUAGAGUCAAAACAUAUCAGCCAUGGAAUGAUCUUCUGUGUAACCGAGCUUGUUAAAUUGGUGAUUCACUGAUGUUAAGGAA